AUGUUCACAUCAGUUUCUCUCCUUUUUCUAACAGUUGCUAUAAUUGAAUCUGUGGCAGGACUUCUAGGAAAUGGAACUAUCUUGGCUGCCAGUUCAACUAGCUGCAUCAGGAGCAAAAUGUUGUCCUCGUAUGAUAUGAUUAUGAUCUUUCUGAGUUUAUCCCGAUUCUUUUUGCAGUUCUGGAUGAUGUUUGAUUUGCUCCUAAGUCUGCUUUGCGAAACCUCCUAUUAUGAAGAAAAUCUGUUUGCAAUUUUCAAGAUAGUUUUUGUGUUUCUGAACUACUCCAGCUUCUGGUUUGCUGCCUGGCUUAGUGUCUUCUACUGUAUCAAGGUUGCUACUUUUACUCAGUCUAUCUUCAUCUGGCUGAAGCAAAGGAUUUCCAGUCUCAUGCCCUGGAUGCUGAUAAUAUCAACUCUUUUCUCCUUUGCAACCUCUCUUCCUUUCGCCUGGGAUGUCUACAUCGUACAGGACAACUUCACUGCUCCUUUAACCAUGACAAACUCUUCGGAAAGAAGAGUCAAAGUGAAAACUAGGGUUUUUUUAUUGAUUAUUCUCUGUAACGCAGGCAUAGCUUUGCCUUUAAUAGUGUUUGUUGUUUCGAGUAUCCUGCUGGUUAGGUCUCUGUCAAUACACACCAGACAGAUGAAAAAUAAUGCAACUGGCUUCCAGGAUCCCAGCUUAGAGGCCCAUAUCCGUGCCAUCAAGUCGAUCUUCUCCUUCCUUAUCCUCUAUGUAACAUAUUUCAUUUCUUUCAUUCUCAUUUUAUCCAGUACUUUUUUACCUUUCAGCGUUGGGGAAGCCAUAUGUAUAGCUUUAAUGUCUGCCUGUCCUGCAGGACACUCUAUGGUCUUAAUCUGGAGCAACCCCAAAUUUCGAGAGCUGCCAGCCAGGAUUUUUCACCAUAGAAACUGUCAUGUCAGAACUAGAUACACGUAA